AUGACGACCCGCUCUCUGGUAUGUCAGUUAGUGGUAUUGUUGAGCCUGGGGACAGCGUUCUCUAAAAACUUACCUGAUCAUAAAGGCUCAGUCGAAGACAUGGAAACAGCCGAACCCGAAAUCGGAACGCUGGAUGAGAUCGCUGCUUUAGAUGAAAUUAGCGAUGACAACCUGUCUGAAGAAGACGACGAUGAUUUUGGUGAAACCGACAAUGAGAAGUUGGCCGAGGAUCCAUUGGCAGCAAGAAAUAUUUCACCCUCCAGAAAACGCCAAAUACUAAGUGAGGCUAGGCGCCUUGCCAAUUUUGUUAGCAGGAAUAUAUACGUGACACCAAUGAACCGAAAAAAGGAACGAGAAACAGCCAUGAGAAAGUAUUACCAGGCAUUUGUACACGGAGGAAAGAGCUUUAUUAGUGACGCCGACUGGCUGACAGCAAAAAGGGGUGAAAUAUGCAGCACGUGUCUCUUAUAUGAACUCUGCAAACGAAGGCGUAUUCAAUGGUUGUUGAACAUCGACGGCAUACACCCUUUGUAAGUAUUUUAGCCCAUGUAAUCGGUUAAAAAAAGAAAAGAAAAACAAAAGAGGAAGAGAAACAAACGAUCUGUGGCCCGUUGUAGUAGUUCAUAGUAAUAAACAGCGCUCUAAUCUAGUUCCCAGAUGGCUACAAAAAUAAAAAAUACUUAUAUGUAAGGAGCCAGUGAGGACAGAAUUUCGGUUGGGCCUGUCAUGAUAAGUUACUUCUACGAUAUGUCGCUCUCGCGGAACGCACACCGGCAAACGGAUCGUUAAAUUCUAGAAACCUGGGUUUUGAACGACGUAUAAACCUACCUCAACAUGCUGAAAUCUUCUCAAGCUAUCCUUGCCAUGGCACUAUAUCUCCAUCGUCAAAGCAAAUUUCCUAGAAAUAACUUUCCAUCAAUUUUAGGGAGACAAAAACUUCUGGAUCAAUUUAGGUUUCUGGGAAACUGCCCACCUACCCCUCCCCUAACUCAACGUCAACAUUUGCGUCUCACUUGGGGUAAAAUGUUGGGUUAGGGGAGGGGUAGGUGGGCAAAUUCCCAGAAACGUGAAUUGAUCCAAACUUUUUAUACUCUCGCGCGGUCUUUAUUGUUAUCUUAUUUGUCUGCUUAUCAGGAAUGUAAGGAGGAGGAUGUGCAGACGAAAACUCGUCCGAGUAGCGAUUAAUGUUUACCCCGUGACUGCAAUCAACAUGCGAUGUAAUCCAAAUGCACCAUUUCGAACCAUUGAUGGAUCGUGCAACAACUUACGUAAUCCUUCUUACGGGGCAGCCAAUACAACAUUCAACCGACUUUUACAUGCUGAUUAUGGCAACUGCAUCUCAACUCUUCGCCGAGCGAGAAAUGGUAGAGAGCUUCCGAACGCGCGGGACGUAAGUCGAUUUGCCCAUGGAAGCAACGCGGACCGAACCAAUCCGAACUCUACAAUACUGACCCACAUGGCUAUGAUUUUUGCACAGUUUAUGGAUCACGAUUUUACUUUGGGUCAGGGCCAAGGCAUUGACUGCGAGCCACCCAUCAGAAAUCCCGAGUGCGUCAACAUAAGAAUUCCUAGAGACGAUGCAAUAUUCCGGAAUCGGGAAGUUGAUUUUAUCGAACUGGAGAGGGAUGCUCCUAGCAGGUCAACCUCCUUCUGCAAACUGGCCCCUCGAGAGCAUACAAACACUCUAACAGCCUACAUUGAUGCUUCUAACGUUUAUGGAUCAACUGAGGAGGUUGCUGAUUCGGUUCGCGCUCCAAAUGGCUUGCUAAGGGUUAUGGAGCAUCCAGAUGGUAAAAGGUUUAUGGAUUUGCUACCUGCACGUACCGAGACCCCAGAGACUUUUUGUCCAUCGCUAGAUCCAAACAGACCGUGUUUUUUGGCAGGAGAAAGUAGGAAUAAUGAGAACCAAGGUGAGAACCGUAUUGCUUUGAUGUUCAAUGGCCUUGGUGAAAAGUGCCAAAAAUUGACUUUUUUAAACACAGAAGCUUCAACUUAGGGUUAUUUUGUAACUUUCAGGUCUUAGUUCAGUCCAUAUCAUAUUCGUGCGCCACCACAACCGCAUCGCCACGUUUUUCCGUAAAAGGACAAGAUGGGGACCCGAAAGGAUUUACCAGGAGACCAGAAGAAUCGUCGCAGCCCAAUUGCAAGUGAUUACAUACAACGAAUUCUUGCCAUUAGUUUUGAGUGAGAGAACGGUAGGUUUUUUACAUGCAAAAUGACACUUAUAAUAAUAAUUACAUUAACAAUAGUGAUGAUGAUAAUGACAAUCCACUUGAAUUGGAGCCUGCGAUCAGUCGAAAACUAGUGACUUGUCGGCGGAUAACUUAAGAAAAACACGCAACCUCGAAGGGUCGACACCUUGAUACGGUCAUGAGAUACUGGUCAGCAGAUAUCCUGUUUUGACAGCUGUCAAUUGACCAAAUUAAGGAUAUGCAAUAUCAGGCUGCAGGCUCCCACGCUAGCUAGAGAGUGUGAGAUUUCACAUGGGUUCCCCUGUGGUGCGGACGGACAGGUGUUCGGACGGAUGGUCAGACGGACGUUUGGUCACGUGACUACCAAUAUUUCUCGGAUAGAUAGAUGACCAAAUUUUCUUAGCUAUGGGGCUCCGCUAGCGCGCGCGUGGAGCUCCGGUAUAACUUGUAGCGGUGCUAAUUAGGUUAUGAAACCCUGAUCCUGAAAAAAAAAGUGAGAAUUACCCUGAUCCCACUCAAGCUGAAUCUCUUAAAGCGUUUAAACUGGCAGAAGUAAAGUGCAUUUUCAGCAGCAGAGUAAAUAUGAGGAAGUCAUGUACUAAACCUAUAUACGAGUUAAGAAACAGAGUAGAAGCCGUACCAUAACAAUGGGAAUUUUUUUUCACAGGAUGUAGUUUCACAUUAUUUGAAUGUCGGUUUCAUUGGAGGAUCCCAUGUUAACCGUGUUCAAUAUUGUUGUUUUUUUUUCCUAUUUUUGUUUUAUUUUAUUUCCUAACCACAUAAAAAAGGAAUGCUCUGACCCGCUCUAAAUUUAAUCGUAGAACAUGUUGCUCUGAUUAUACAAGGAAAGCAAUUGUUGUUCUUGUUUUUUCCUGUUGUUUUGUUUUUUUCCGCACUACACAGAUCACAAAGUUUGGUCUCAGGCUACUCACCGGAACGAGGUUUUUCAAUGGCUACGACAGAAGAGUUAAUGCUCAAAUGACCGCUGGGUUUUCCGUGGCUGCCUACCGAUUUGGCCACACCUUGAUUCAGGAGUGGUUUCGACGAUUCAAUCAACGUAGUUUCCAACACAGAGGAAAAUCAGAAUUUCGGCCCAUUCCUGUAUUGGACUUUGAAAAUCCACAGUACUUGUACGAGACAUGUCAGGGAGGUGUGGAUGCCAUUUUGAGGGGAUUAAUUAAGGAUCCCGCGGGAAAGGCUGACGGGUAAGUAAAUGAAAACUUACUUAAAUGCGGGUUCUUUAUCUACACAAGCAAGCUUGAAAAAUGGAACUAGAUUUGUGGAGGAGUGAAAUGAUUGAAUUGCGGAGAAGCAGGAAGAAGGAGGGUUAAAGGGGAUGUCAGCUGGAGAGCAUGCGCUCUGAGGUUAUGCAAAUUACUUUCAACUGUCAAAAUUCUAUUGUUCUUAAAGCGUGACUUUCUCCGUGUGCGCUCCGAGGUUAUGCAAAUUACUUUCAACUGUCAAAAUUCUAUUGUUUUUAACGCGUGACUUUCUCCAUGUUCUCUGUCACGUCCAGGGCUCCGAGUUUAGAGAGGUUAACAAGCGAAAUGGGUAUAGAUAAGGGAUAUUUCAAUAGAAUUUACGGAAUGUUUCUUCUCUGGUUAUGCUAGAUCAAGAAUAAAAUUGUGACGACAAUUUUACUUGUAGUUUUGGAGUAAAAACGCAUGCCAUUCAUAAAAUAGUGCGCAAACAAAAAUUCAACAACAACAUAUUGCCUUAAUCAACAAAAUAAAUCGACGUUGUAUUUUACAAACGAGCUACAAAAGACGCUAGACCGAAGAUAAAGACCAAGACUGUUUCAAAUCAUUAACAAUUAGACUUGUCUGUCGCUAGUGAUUUUAUAAUUUAGAUGCUGAUAGAACAAGAGACAUCAAGUCUUUGUUUUGAUCUUAGGGAAACAUACAUUAUCGCGCAAAAUUGUUCGAUCGUGCCGAAUCACUGCGACGUCGAGAAAAACAGAACCAAGCAUCAUUGGUAUAUUACUCCGCUAUAAGCAGUCCGUUGAUAAAAAGGGAAAGUAAACUCUGCUAUUUUCGAAAAAUAUGCUCCAACACAAACAGUUCAAAAACAUGGCAUUUACAGGAUCUAACUCGUACUAAGGUGCCUCUCUAAGUCCGUUGAGAACAAUCUGGACGAGCAAACGGUCGUGUUUAUCUUUGCCGUGAAUCCAGAUAAAUACAAGAAGGAAUCUAGCCGAAUUUUAUAAUGUUUCCUUCGCCAGGAGUUUAGUUUGGUCACGAAACUCAUGGUCAGAUGCUCUUGUAAUCGUUUACCAAAAACGGCCGCCGCCAACUCGAUAGCCGCUUCAUUAUAUGUCCACAUACUUUGAGCACAAGAAAAAUCCAGGAGCCAGCAACCUCUAAAAUAACUCAAUAGAAAGGUUCUGUGAACUAUAGGGAAGAUUCCAUCAAAGAUUCCAUCAUUCAUUGUGGAGUAGCCAUCAUUAAAUCUGCCAUUACAACGGCCGCUGAUAAGAGGACACAGUAAAUCCACGUAAAAACAUUCCACAGGCAAACAAUUUCAAAAUAACGCCAAAAAAUUAUUCUGUAAUCACCAUAGAACGAUUCUUAAUACAAUUCGCUAACUAUCCAACGAUGGCUGAGAUUUAGACAGAUAAAAACAGCCUUCCAAAAUCUCCGACAGAACUUGAAAAAGACGGGCCAUCUUUUCCAAGUUUGUUUUCAUUGGCUCGCGCAUGCGUGUGGGGUGACAUAGCCCCUUUAAGUCAAAAAUAUGUUUUGUUUUUUUUUUACUUGAAAGAUUAAGUGUGCCUUCGCCCUCAGACUAAGCAUAAUUCGCACGCUAAGAAGGAGUGACCCGGAACUGGAACAUUUGUUUCAUUCUGCAGUGGACAAUGAAAGCGGCAGGAAAUAGAAUUUGCAUAAUUACAAUAAGACUCGCCACAGGCGAGUUAUUGCUUAUUCCCCCUUCGAGAACAAAAAUUAAUCAAUAAAUACUUUUCCUAGUUUUUAGUCAACCAACCAAAAUCCAAGACAUUCAUCGAUCUGAAAAUAACUGAAAAAAAAAAACAUGUCAAACCGGUUAACCACCUAAAUUAAAAAUAGCACAGGAGCUUAUCUGAAUGUUAAACAUGAGAUAAAGGCAAAUGGCUAUGACGUCAUCGGCGUUAAUGUACUCUCCCGCACGUUAAAGAGAUUCUCUCGCAAAAAUGGAUAAAUCGGUGCGCCCUGUACUACUUUUCCAUUUAUUGUGAUCCGUAAUACAGUCAAUCGAACACGUCCUAAGUAGAACUGAAAUCAUUUUUCGCGAAGUUUUGAUUGGCCUAGACACCACGACGUUACCUCGGUUAAGAACAAACAAUGGUCUUGCCAUUAGUGUAAAAAUUGUAUUUUGCUGCAGGCAGUGGUCUUUUCAUGCCGAGUUUGGUCCACCCGUAAAGGAGGAAAAACUGCAUGUAACUGUUUCGAGAUUGCACUUUUGUUUUUUGUCAUAAGAUUACAAAAUUAAGUGGUCGUAACUUGAAAGUUUUGGGAUUUAUACAUUCGUUUGACUUUGAUGGCUUAAUGAGGGUCUUAACAACCUCCUCCCUCCAUUUAACCAAGAUCUGACACCUGAUGGAAAUAGGGCAAAGUUUGCGGGUACAACAUCUCCUGCCAAGUUUUAGUAAACCUUUCUUAAAUCGUUAGAAAACAUGGAGUUCAACAGAAAAAAAAGGAAAUGCGUUUAAGGUCGAGGAAAUGGUAAAUUUUUUUUUUUUAAUUUAUGGAUUUUGCUGUUUAAAACAGGAGAUUUUCGAGCUCUGUGCAAGAAAACCUAAGAAGGGGUGAGAGCGAUUUGUCUGAUCUAAUCAGCAUCAACAUCCAAAGAGGACGUGAACGUGGAAUUCCUGGAUACACUAAGUAUCGAAACCUUAGGUUAUGCGGACUGCGAAAGGUGAGAUCGUUCGAUGACUUGGUACGAAACGCCGGCUUUGCCCCGCGGGACGUGGCUAAUUUGAGAAGAAUUUACACAAAUGUUCAUGAUAUUGACUUUUUUGUCGCUGGUGAGUAAUACAAUAUCAUACCUUUCACUUUUAAAUUGUUAUCUUUUCAAUUGUUAAGAUUUAAAUAGCAGUUAUUUUCCGAAGUCAAGAAUGACAAGUUUGUUGAAGAUGAUAAUUCAGCCUUGAAAAUUCCUGAAAACCAGGAAAGCUGUAACAUACUGGCAAACUUCAAGAGAAAAAUUCUGCGCACUUUUCACUAACGAUAAGAGGUUGAAAAAGUGGACCAUUCCUGUUCGCGGAUGUUUUCACCAGUGGGCCAGUCUUGGAUAUCUUGUGCUUGAGCUAUUGAUAAAUCCGUUUAUUUUAGAGAUCCAUCCUGACCAUCGGAUUCUGAACAUAGAAAAAGACCCAGUGGGACAAGUUUAAAACCAUUGUCUUCUCUCUUAUAUACGCACAUUGAUGAUGCAAGCUUUAUUUUUAAUUGCACCCCUUCUCAGGAAUGCUUGAACCGAGACCUAGUGAUGGAGGAGUUCUGGGACCUACUUUUCAGUGCAUUGUGGCGGAGCAGUUCCGCCGGCUCAGAGUUGGAGAUCGUUUCUGGCACGAAAAUGCCCCAAACCCAAGCUUGAACACGGAUCGAACGGCGUUCAAUGCUGCCAUGCUAAGGGAAAUUAGGAAAACAACAUUUGCUAAAAUUAUCUGCGACAAUGCCGACAACAUCCCAUUUAUAAAUAGGAAGGUUCUUGAACAGAGUAAGAGAAGAGUUGCAUGCAGUGCUCUACCAACGGUCAGUCUUGAAGCAUGGGUAAGACGAAGGCAAGGCGACUCUGGGUAAGCAGCUUUAAUGUAAAGAUUUCCCUGUCUACCCGCGGUAAUAGUUGUUCUUAAAAUGUCCGCUUGUUAUGAAGUAAAAGGCUACAGGAAUAUAACGAACAUAGCAAGCUAGCAUUUUUUAGUAACCCUAUCUUGAAGUCAGGAGAAUGCGUGCCACCGCAGUUAAGGUUUCUUAUCUUCGAUAUUUUGAAAGCGAUUGGUUUACACAAAUAACCUGCGCCUUUAACAUGCUGAUGGUCUAUUCCCUAAACAAGUUUUGGCCAAAUUUUGUGGCCGACUUUUGUUACUGGUUUUAAGCAUAUGACUUCAUGAUUGACAUCAGUUUAAGUCACUUUUAAGCUUAAAUGCGACUUUCUUACACUUGUUAAUUCAAGAAACAGAUAAAAUGCCCUUGAACGCUGCAUAAUCCUUUAUUUCAACAUAUCUUAAAAGCUGAACCCAAAAAAAUAGUUAAUCUGAAUUGCAGCAAAAUUCACGAUGGCGAUCACUUUGCAGGACGUCACAAGUACCAAAAAAGGCGAUGUCCAAUAGGCCUUUUUCAAAAAUAUCAUAAUACUCGUUGUUGUCCCUCAAAAACUUUUCAUAAGCAUCAUUUUCAAAUUCUCUUGGGGCGAUUGUAAGUCCCAAGAGAAAUUGAAAACAAUGCUAAUACAAAAUUCAAAAUUUUGGAGGGACAUUAAAACAAAGAGUAUUAUGGUAUUUUUCAAAAAGGCCUAUACUAGUUGUAUGAUAUUUCAUCAUUUGCAUUGCCUUCUAUGAUACAUCAGCGAUAACAUUUAAGUUUGUAGGUGUAAAGGUUAAACAUCAAUUAAGUACCAUAUGCAUCUCACGAAAAUGGGUAAAGUCCCGCUGCUAAUCUUUAAACGUGAUUUCUCCCAUCCUGCUGGUUGCGGUUCUUCCACUUCUUCGAUACAUUUUCGUUCUUGUUUAUUUUAUGUUAUUUUACAUUAUUAUAUAUAUAUAUAUAUAUAUAUAUAUAUAUAUAUAUAUAUAUAUAUAUAUAUAUAUAUAUAUAUAUAUAUAUAUAUAUAUAUAUAUAUAUAUAUAUAUAUAUAUAUAUAUAUAUAUAUAUAUAUAUAUAUAUAUAUAUAUAUAUAUAUAUAUAUAUAUAUAUAUCCAUAUAUAUAUAUAUAUCCAGUUAGAUGUACAUCCCCGUUGCACCAGCUAAAGUCUACACCAAACGUCUGAUCGAGAAAACGGAACAGUUCUUAAGCAGAAUGAGAUGGAAAGCUUUCCACUAUUUAAAUCCAGUUACAGGAGCAGAAAAGGAAACAUUCGGCUUCAAAACUAGGAACUGCCCGCCAGUCGUUGAAGAAAUGAAAAGUUUUGAAGAAGGUAUGAUACACAUUAUACAAAACAUUUCUUUUAAAGGCACUCAAAGCCAAUUUCAAGAAGGCCUAGAAGAGGACAUUGCUUCCGUAAAAAAUGACAACCGCUUGUUCGUUAAAGCAGAUAAGUCCACAAACUUUUAUAAAUUGGACGUGCCAGAAUAUAAACGACUGCUAGAGGCCAACGUAACAAAAACCUAUAAGAAAGCCGACAUUAAGCAGCUCACGAAAAUUGACGAGGAAGCCAGGACCAUCACAAAAAAACUUAGCAUAGACGACCGGGUAGAAUCUAUGGCAAUGAAAGAAGCGUUUAUAACGCUAAAGGACCACAAAGAAAAUUUUGAAAACAAGCCUACUUGUAGACUGAUUAAUCCUUCAAAACCGGAGAUAGGGCGUAUAAGCAAACAAAUCCUGGAAGAAAUAAAUCGGAAACUCGUCGACAUCACAAAAGUCAACCAGUGGAAGAACACAUCCUCUGUGCUCCAAUGGUUCAAGCAGCUGGCUAAUAAAGGCGGCUCGGCAUUUAUAUGCUUUGACGUCGUAGAAUUUUACCCCUCAAUUACCGAAGCCCUCCUAAAACGCGCCCUUGACUUCGCCUCUGAACAUGUGAACAUCUCAGCCAACGAACGACAAGCAGUCAUCAAUUCCAAGCACUCCCUGCUAUUCAGCAAAGGCCAACCAUGGGAAAAGAGAAAUUCAACAUCAAAUUUUGACGUAACCAUGGGAAGCUACGACGGAGCGGAGACUUGUGAACUGGUGGGCUGUUAUCUCCUGUCGCAGCUAAAGCAGAUCCCUGGAAUCGAAAUCGGCCUUUACAGAGACGACGGGCUUGCCGUACUCAAUCAAACACCAAGGCAGAUAGAGAAGGCAAAAAAACAAAUAUGCCAGAUAUUUGCGAACAACAACCUGAAAAUCACAGUUGAUGCAAACAAGAAAGUUGUUAACUUCCUGGAUGUAACACUGGAUUUAAACACCGGAAAAUUCAAACCAUACUCCAAGCCAUCCACCACCCCGCUUUACGUUCACAGUCAAUCGAACCACCCACCAAACAUCCUCAGAAACAUACCCGCAGCAAUUAACCGGCGGCUAUCCAGCGUUUCUUCCGACCACGAGGUUUUUAAUGAAGCAUCGGCUCCGUAUCAGGAAGCAUUACGAAAGAGUGGCUAUGCUUUUAAACUAGAAUUCAAGCCACCACCACAGCAACCACCAUCACAGAAACGCAAACGACAAAGAAAUGUUAUAUGGUUUAAUCCACCAUAUAACAAAAGCGUCAAAACCAACAUCGGACGUGCGUUCAUCAGCCUCAUUGAAAGAUCGUUCCCAGCGGGCCACAAGCUGAGGAAAAUUUUCAACAGGAACACCAUAAAGCUCAGCUACAGCUGCAUGCCCAACGUCAAGCAAAUAAUAGAUGGCCACAACAAAGCUAUCCUGAAGAUGGCAGAAACAGCGCAGCCACAGAAAAACGACGAGAACACGUGUAGCUGUAGGAAAAAAGAAGACUGCCCGCUAAACGGAGAAUGCUUGGUGAGCGAAGUAGUGUACCAAGCCACAGUCACAACCGGAGACGAAAAGGAGACAUACAUCGGUCUCACAGCUACUCAGUUCAAGGCAAGAUACAGAAACCACCUGAUGUCAUUUAGGCAUGAAAAGAGAAGGAAUGAGACUGAGCUGAGCAAGCACCUGUGGCAGCUAAAGGAGGCAAA